CGUUUGACUGUGGCCCUCAAGUUUGCAGUGCUCCUCGCAUCGCCAUUGCGUCGUGUGCCCGAUGCUGCAGAUGCCAACUCCAGGUUACGGGCAGGCUCGUCAGGGACCCAGCCGGCCCACCACGCCAGUGCCGGACAUCCGAAGGCUGUACGGCGCACAGUCGGGCCUUCCCGAGGGGCCAGUGAAGGCUUUGGACCAGUCACAACUUGUGAAAGGCCAGCAGCUGGACUAUUGGAGUGAUCACAACAGGUGUUGGAUGCCAGCCCUUAUCACAGAAGUGGACAGCGAAUCGGGUGGCAUUUGUCUCAAUGUGAAGCCCAAUGCUUACAUUUCUCGGGCUGACCAACGCCGAAAGAUCCGGGCACGCACCAUACCCCGGAAAGAACAGGUUGCCAUGAUGCGGGCCAUUUUGCAGCAAGAAAAGGUCGAGGAAGUGGCCGAGCAAAUUUACAUCAGCGCAGCUGGAUCAGACAGUCGCUCAGUACCAAUAGAGCAAGUGCCCAACCUUGGAGCCUACCUGGACAACUUGCUUGGGCUUGUUGGGAGUCAAAUUCAUUUGACCCAAUCUGCCCGGAGUGACAAUGGGCUGACGAUGGAUGAAUUCAAGAAGGUUUUUUGGGAAUUGCUUCAAAUGCAGCAAGACAUUUCAGUUCAAGCGAUCCCUCGCUUUUCCAUCGAGUCAAUUCGUGAAGGGUCUCCUUGGGAGAAGUACAGCAAGGGCAAGGAGCUGGGACAUGGGACCUAUGGCUAUGUUUACCUGGCCAAUGACAAGCACUCGAAGCAAGUGCGAGCGGUCAAGGAGAUUGCCAAGGAAAAGCUGCAGGGAGACAUGCAGGCAAUGAAGAAGGAGAUUGAGAAUCUCACAAAUCUUGAUCACCCUCAUAUUCUGAAACUCUAUGAGGUCUACAGCACCAAUGGCCAUAUCUACCUUGUCACAGACUUUUGUCCAGGUGGUGAGCUGCACAGUCACAUUUCGGCAGCAAGGAGGAGCCGACAAGAAAUCCCAGAAUCUUGGAUUGCAGAAGCCAUGUUGCAGCUGAUGCAGGCCAUUUGUCACAUCCACGUGCGCGGCAUCAUCCACUUGGACCUGAAGUCACAAAACAUCAUGCUGAUGCCGAGUCAGAAGACGGCCGCCUUUUUUGGACAGGAUGCUCCCUCACAAACAGGGUUUGCGACCAAGCCACACUUGAUCGUGAUUGAUUUGGGUAUUGCGAUGCACUUCAAGCCAGGAGACUACCGAGGAAAUCGCCCUAUGGGAACACCAAUGACGAUGGCUCCCGAGGUUUGGUGUGGGGAAAUCACUCCUGAGGCUGAUGUUUUCAGCUGUGGCUGUGUUUUCUUCGAGCUACUUAGUGGAGACAUGCCCUUCCGAGUGAAGUUCGAAGGCAACUUCGAAGACAUUGUCAAAUUUUGGCGUUCCAAGCCGAGGCCUGCUUCUGUGCGGGCAUCUGCUGAUGCCCAGGACCUUCUGAAGAACAUGCUUGCGCAAGAGCGCGGCAAGCGUCCAUCUGCCUCUCAGUGCCUUGGGAGUGCUUUUCUCAAGAAGGCAGUGCCGAAGGGCAAGGGCAGCUUGGAUGAUGCCAAAAGGGAAGCUCUCAUCAAAAGGCUUGGAACCGUACAUUGCAGGUCUGUUCUGUACAAGAACGUGGCGCUCACCAUCGCCCAAGAUUGGCCACCAAAUCAGAUGCCAACAUUCAAACAGCUUUUCAAUGAGCUUGAUGUGCUGGGGACUGGGGCUUUGUCAAGCGAAACCCUGGAAGAGGCACUUAUGAGGCAUGGCAUCGAGCAGGGUGAGGCAACGCGUGCAGCUUCAGCCAUGAACCUCAGCCAAGACAAGGCCGCAAUCCACUGGACGGAGUUCGUUGCAGCUUGUAUUGACUUGAGCCUUCCUGAGUUUGAACCAAAGGUCUUCAAGAUCUUCCAAGAUGCGGACACGGACAAGGAUAACCUUUUGGCCGCAGAUGACCUGAUGAACACCUUCCCCCAAGGCCACAAGUAUUCCAAGGAAACGGCAGCAACCAUUUUUCGAGAUCUCACUGGCCGGGAUGCUCAAGACAAAGGAGCACGAAUGGACUGGAGCACUUUCUACCGCCACUUGCGUAGCUGCGCGCUCAAUGGCCUUGACGCUUCCUUGGCUUCGGAUUUGCAAUCAUUGCAGUCUUCUCAGUGGGGCAUCUUCAGUGGGGUCGUGGAUGUAAUCAGCACCGCUGCUUCCACUUACUUUGCUAGUGGAGGUUCUCAGAAAUCUCCACAUGGGGUGACUUUCCCAGGUGAAAAGGCUCCGCAAAGCAUGAAAGAUAUGCUUAAGGCUUUGGCAGAGAUGGGCUUCUCACAGACGGAGCUCAAUAGGAAGAUCAUCAGGGAGAAAGGUGGCAGACUUGGUGAUGACGUCAUCGAGGCUAUCAUGCAGCGAAGCUGAAGCAGCUAAACCGACGAAACGCAGAACCGUCACCACAUGUCAAAGCCACUGUUUGUUUGGAAUUCGUUUCGUGCCUGUGCGCCUUGCCCUCUCAUUAGAGCAACUUCAGCCAAUGGUUGAGCUUGGCAGAGUGCCUCCACAAAGCAUUUUGGGAGGAACCUGUUGGAUUUUUCAAUGUUUUCCCUGGACCACGCAGGGUUUCGACAGACCUCUGGCCUGUCAGGAUCAGAGCAGAGAAGGAAUACACUUUGUACAGGAUGUGACUGACCGCACAGGCCUAAAUUCGCUUCAGGAUUACUUGUGCAGGGACUUCCUGCCAGGCAAUCAGCUCUUGAGUUUGAGCAGUGAAACUUUGACAAGAGUUGCCAUGUGCAAAGGAGACACAAAUGCGUUGAUAUUUGCGAGGGUUUGGAAGACAAGAUGCCACACUCGGUGCAAGAGAUGUGCAAAUUUUCAACGGCCAUUGAUUUCCU